UGAACUUGUUUUGGUGUCAUUUCCAUUACACCCAUUCUAUAUUCUGAUUGGAUUCUUACAAGAAUUGAGUGUUUUAUGUGGCUUUUAAACACUGCAGUUUUCAAAGGAACAGCAGCGGUCUCACCUGUUCAACCCGUGGUGCAAAGUGGUUGUUGACAAUUGGUUGUGGUGUGUGUGUGAGAGAUUUUCAACUGUUCCCGAAUCGGUAGAGGUUGGAAAAGCGUGAGAGCCACUCCCUCCCACCGGUGAGGAUACUUCCACACGCGUUACUACCACCGCCACCACCAUUACUUCUACCACUACUACUACUACUACCACUGCUGCACAACGCCCCAAAUGUGUGGAAAUGAGUGACCAGUUAGUGGCCAAUAGCACAUGAACAGAUUCCGAACGGUGAGAGAGUGUUCGAAAUCUCGGGACAACAAGCAGCAACGGAGGCAGCAGAGUUAUCCAGCUUCUUCCUGUAUUGUGAGAUUUUCAGCCGUGCGUUCGUGAUGUGUGUUCUUUCCCGUGUCUACGCUUCGGAGUCACGUAUAGUACAGGAUUUGUACUGAUUUUCCACCGAAUCGACUACUAUCUGUAGGUGUUUACUACCUUUCUCAGAAGCUUGUGGCUGCUUCCAGCAUAUUUGUUGGUUUUCCCGUCGUGGAGGGUGCUUUUUAAGGCUUUUUGUGUGCCUGUGGAGUGCUGAAUUUCCGUUUGCAGCUUGCUACUUCAGUGAGUCUGACGAAUUCCCGAUACUGCAGUGGAUUACGGCAUACCUGUGGUCAUUUCAACCCUAGAGUAUUGUUUGGUCAUCGUGUUUUUCCAGGGUCGAAACGUACGAGAAAAACGCCCCACCCUUCGGUGCGAGUCCAGGACGAACUGAAAGACUUCGGGAGGUGGAAAAGUGAGGGCCUUGCAUAAACGAAAAUCAUCGCAUAGGCUAAUGAAUGCCGAUUCGAUGCUCCGUUAAGGAUGCUUUUGUGACACGGUGAUUGAUUGGAAAGUGGUGCGAAUUUGACAGGAACAAGACGGCGUAAGGUGUCGCCUCGGUGCGAUCGUGUGUUUGUGAGAGGGGGUGCGAAAAGCGUCCCUGUUGUGAGUGAGGUGGGUUGGGAAAGCACCACCCUUCCGUGUACGUUCGCCCUCUCAAGAAAAGCGUGAGUGUCCCGCUGAGUUACCCCACAUUUCGAGUCCUGAACGUGGUAAACAACCUGGAAGCCCACGAAAAGUUGUGCACGUGUAAGCGCACCAGCAGUGCUGUAAGCUGUAAGUUCUGCCAUUUCCCGGUGUAUUACUUGUGCUGGGUGCCGACACUUACACAAAUCUGCUAUUAUCAAGUGUAUGUGUGGGGGUUAACACUUAUCGGUGUCGGAGAAAAACAACACGCAGGUUAACGAUUUUGCUGGCCCAGGAUCAGGAAGCUGUGCUGUGUACCGUGCUCCUUUUUUCGGUGGCCAACUUUCCGCUGCUCAGUGUGACAGGAGAACUUGAACCGAACAGACACAUCGGCUCCAAAGGGUACCACCACCUGCCUGGACCUCGUUCCCCGGGUGGCGGUGUGGCAACCCACUCUGUUGGUGAACAGCUGAAACGCUGAGGACCCUGUGGGGACUGGUGAAAGGGACAGCCUGCCAGCAAGAUAAAGCCCCUCCUCAACCCCGGUGUACGGUUCAGUGACGACAAUCGACAUUUCGUGGUCAGCCGAGGCAUCAUCAUCGGGCGAGCAAGAGAUAACCCGUGGAACACAAUAUUUGUGACGCAGGCCGAAAAGAUUCACCGGGACCGAACGGGAAUUCGGGUGCGUGACUUGAAUAAUCCCGUGUCGAUUUAGUGUUUUUUGCUGCCUGCCACCUGCUUCUUUCGCGCAUAGUUGAUUUCCCGCCCUGCUGUUUGUGGCCAGUUUGUGAUUUAUUUACGCUCUGGAAAGGUUUUGUUUGUGUAAUAAAAUAGCUCCGUUGCCGCCUCGUAGUGUUUAGUUCUAGCGAAAAUAAAAUUCCGUCGGAGCUCGUUUUGACUGGUUUGGGCGCAAAGUGACGUAACAUCGUGUGUGCGUUUGUCGAGAUUUUUUAUCGCGCGGGAAUCUAAAAACGGAAACUGACUCCAGUGCAACAAGUGAACGGUUAGUUCGUAAUCGAAGUUUGUUUGUUCGGCUGGAUUGGGCGGUCAAUGAUGAUUGUUUAGAAAUUCGAUAAAAGCUUACGCUAGAUUCGGGCAGCAGCAAUAUGAUGUUGAUGAGUGUGAUGUGAUUAAGGCCUGAGGCAGUGUUGCUGUGAUAGAAGAAGAGAUAAACAAAACCCCAGAGAAAUCAAAUCAAAUAAUAACAGCGUCAAGCUGAAGAAAAAAAAAGUUUGGAGGGAAAGUUGUGCUUGUGUAAAUAAGUAGAAUAAUCGUUGACGCUACGUAUUUGGAGGAAAAAAAUAGUCUUAUCACCAUGGCUGACGACGAAAUACUCUUCGAUGACGUUUACGAGCUCUGCGAGGUGAUCGGAAGGGGUCCCUUCUCGAUCGUUCGCCGGUGCAUUCAUCGGGAAUCGAACCAGCAGUUUGCGGUGAAAAUCGUCGACGUCGCCAAAUUCACCGCCAGUCCCGGCCUCAGUACAUCCGAUCUGAAACGGGAAGCAACAAUAUGUCACAUGCUGAAGCAUCCCCACAUCGUCGAGCUGCUGGAAACGUACAGCUCCGAAGGCAUGCUGUAUAUGGUGUUCGAAUACAUGGAAGGAUCGGAUAUCUGCUUUGAAGUGGUCAGACGUGCCGUGGCCGGAUUUGUGUACAGCGAAGCAGUUGCCUGCCACUACAUGCGACAGAUCCUGGAAGCGCUGCGCUACUGCCACGAGAACGACAUCAUCCAUCGGGACGUGAGGCCAGCGUGUGCCCUGCUGGCAACCGCGGACAACUCCGCCCCGGUUAAGCUGGGAGGCUUCGGUUCAGCCGUGCAGCUUCCCAGCGGACGAGAUUCGGUGGAGACACAUGAACCGCACCGUUCGUUUCUGAGUCCCCGAGGAAAACUGUACCUCAAAUCCGACGGCGAGGGUCGAGUCGGAUGCCCUCACUAUAUCGCUCCCGAGGUGGUGGCGAGACGAAUCUACGGCAAGGCGUGCGAUGUCUGGGGUGCCGGCAUAAUGCUGCAUGUCCUGCUGUCCGGUCGGCUUCCCUUCCACGGCUCCGGCAAGCGACUGCAGGAAGCGAUUGCGAGGGGCAGAGUGAUGCUCGACACCUCGGAAUGGAAACAGGUCUCCUCCACCGCCAAGGAUCUGGUGCUAAAAAUGCUAUCACCGAACCCAAUAAACAGACCCAGCAUUUCGGAAAUUCUCGAACAUCCCUGGAUGAGGGAUCGCGAUAAACUCCAGCGGAAUCAUCUCGGCGAAACGGUGGAGGAAUUGAAACGAUACAACGCCCGGCGCAAGCUGAAGGGGGCGGUGCAAGCGGUCGCCGGUGGGGUCGCACUGGAUCCGCUUUGCUGUGCCGACACCGAUUCAAUGGCCAUUGGGACCGCAUCGGAAAGCCUGAACGAGUGGGCUGACGAAGAGGCCGGCUUGGAGGCUAUCCAGAAGAUCCUAGACUCAUUAGACGAUAUCAUUGCUUUGCAAGACGCUAACUGCGAACCGGAAGUGCUGGCCAGUAUGCUGCGCGAUGUCAAACUGCAUGAACUGCUACAGUUGUACGAUAGAAUAAGUAGUUCCGUUAUCAACCCGUCACGGGCCCCACCCGGGGACGCCAUUAGCCGCUGCCGGGACGCAAUCGAUACCACCAGCUCCGCUCCGGGCCACAAGUAUACCCGCGAGAGGACCGAACUCAUCAAUCUGCUCGGAUCAUCCCACAUACAGGCUCUAUUACACACGCAUGACGUGGUAGCUAGAGAAGUAUACGGCGAGGAAGCGCUACGAGUAACACCACCACCGAUCGCACCCUACCUAAAUGGAGGCAACGAAGAAGUCGACAACGGUGACACGUCCGACCUGCAGCACGUCACGCGCGUCCGCCUGGUGCAGUUCCAGAAGAACACCGACGAGCCGAUGGGCAUAACGCUGAAGAUGACCGAGGACGGCCGGUGCAUCGUGGCCCGGAUCAUGCACGGCGGCAUGAUCCAUCGGCAGGCGACGCUGCACGUUGGCGACGAAAUCCGGGAGAUCAAUGGCCAGCCGGUUCAGCACCAGACCGUUAGUCAAUUACAGCGUAUGCUGCGGGAAGCGCGCGGCUCCGUUACGUUUAAGAUAGUUCCUUCAUAUAGAAGUGCCCCACCACCGGUCGAGCUAUUCAGGAUAAGACCAGCGCCGGUUUUAGUUGAUCAGAUUUUCGUUCGUGCCCAAUUCGAUUACGACCCGCUGGACGACGAGCUGAUUCCGUGUGCGCAGGCAGGGAUAGCCUUCCGCGUUGGUGAUAUACUACAGAUUAUUAGCAAAGACGAUCACCACUGGUGGCAAGCCAGGCACGAUACAGCCGGCGGUUCCGCCGGUCUCAUACCAUCACCAGAGCUUCAGGAAUGGCGCAUUGCCUGCCAGUCGGCGGACAAGACCCACAAGGAACAAGGAGAGGUUGGGCCCGGAUGCUCAGCACACGCGGAAGGAUGCGACGGAUCCACAGCAGUUAAUUGCUCAAUAUUUAGCCGUAAAAAGAAGCAGUGCCGGGACAAGUAUCUGGCCAAGCAUAACGCCGUCUUCGACCAGCUGGAUCUCGUGACGUACGAGGAGGUUGUCAAAGUCCCAGGUGAGUCUCUAACCGUGGGCGAUCCGGCCUUCCAGCGGCGAACACUGGUACUACUCGGGGCGCACGGUGUCGGUAGACGUCAUAUCAAGAAUACCCUCAUAGCUAAGUAUCCGGACAAAUACGCUUACCCAAUACCACACACCACCAGACCGCCGCGGCCGGACGAGGAGAACGGCCGCAGUUACUACUUCAUAUCACACGACGAGAUGAUGGCGGAUAUUGCGGCCAACGAGUACCUCGAGUACGGCACCCACGAGGAUGCGAUGUACGGCACCAAGCUGGAGACGAUACGACGCAUCCACGCCGACGGCAAGAUGGCGAUCCUGGACGUCGAACCACAGGCCUUAAAAAUACUGCGCACAGCCGAGUUUACACCGUACGUUGUAUUCAUCGCGGCCCCGCUGCUGCAGAACAUCGCAGAUUACGACGGCAGCUUGGAACGCUUGGCGAAGGAGUCGGACAUGCUACGACAGGCUUACGGACACUUUUUCGACCAGACGAUCGUGAACAACGACAUCGGCGAGACGAUAGCGACGCUGGAGAACGCAAUCGACAAGGUGCACUCCACGGCUCAGUGGGUCCCGGUGUCCUGGCUGUACUGACAAGAUAGUGAACUAGAAUGCCCGGCCUGUCUGGAGGAAGAGUGCGAUUGUGACUGUGAUUGUGAGCUAGAUCUUAAGUAAAAAGAGGGCAGCGAACGAGCACAACACAGAAACACUACAAACCUAGUAAUCUACAAACAGCAAACACAAACAAACCAGUUACAAUUAAAACACAAAUAUAUUACACACAAAACCAAAAAAAAAUCACAAAAAAAACAUAAGGUAUCGGGCUCAGUAGAUAAGAUAUCGCAACUCUCUCGCAAGCAGGAUAAGAAACAAAACAAAAAAAACAAAUGUAAUCUUACUUAACAAGAUGACGAUUAAAGUUGUAAUUGUUUAGCACAAGAUUAAACGAUACCCAAGUUACAGUGGAUUACUAACGACAAGCGAAGUGUCCGUCAAAAGACAAUUGUAUUGGAACGUUUCGAAAGUCUAGUUAUUAUUUUAAAUUAAAACCAAAAAAAAAGUAUCUACCACUAAUCUAGGUCAACACGGAAAUAAGAGUAAAAAACCACACCCUGGCUGAUUUUAUAUUGUCAAUAUGAGAGAAAAAAUAAUGAAAACAAAAAUUCUGAAAAGAACAAAAAAAGAGAUUUGCAUACUAAAUUGGAACUUCACCCCGUUCAGGAUCACACCACUUCAUUUGAGUUGCAUGUCAUUAACUCAUAGUAGAUGAAAAAAAAAUCAAAAAUUCAAACAAAGAGCAGAAAUAAACGUUUAUAUUGAUAACAAAAUAUAAGGAAAAAGCAUCGAAUUUCAUAAAGGAAAAAGUUAUUCUUGAACAAACUGACAAAAUGAAGCACAAACACACACACGUACAUAAUACUACCCGAUGGCGAACGAAGAGUGAAGCUCAUAAGAAAAAGAACAUGGCUACAUAACCAGGAUAUUAAUCACAUUUUCCAAAUUGAAACAGAGAUGAGGAAGAGAGAAAAAUACGGAUACGAGCUGAGGGCGCGCACUAAAUCGGAAGGGCAAAAUUUAAAAACAACAAGAUUAACUAAAAACGAAGUGAUAGAGAAAACAAACAAAAAAAUAACAGACACACACAAAACAGAAACUUAAAAGCAAAGGUUUACGAAGUUGGGGCGGAAUAACCCGGCUGGUGGGAACGCAGAGCGAGACACGAAUAAAGGAAAUAUUAGUUAGACUUAAUAUUAACCAAAAAAACAAAUGUUAACAUGAUUAUUAAUAAUUAAAGGUAAAAGAAGUAUAAUUAAAGAAGAUGAAGAAAGCAAAGCUAAUCUAAAAAGAGGAAGGAUUAAACAGAACGAACACUCGGAUGAAAACUCGGCAGUGAAAAACUAAAGCGAGAGUGACCGCAAAGUUUGACUUAGAAUCAUAUUUUUAUUAAUUCAGCAACAAAAAACAGAAGGAAAAUACACACAAAUACACACACUAUGAAACAAUAUACGAUCGAAGGGGAAGGCGGGGAAAACUGAGAAGACACAUAAACACACACACACAUACAUACACAUAUACUACGUUGAAUCGAAAUUUCAGCAUUAGUAAACAAAGUAAUUCAUUGGAGAAAUGUUUCAUGGUUGAACUGUUUUACGUGAACGAAGAAAAUCACAUAUAAAACAGUAAAACAGAAUGCUAUCAGAUUUGCUAUUCACCACGGAAAAAACAGCGGUUUGAAGAGUAUUAUUAUAGAACGAAUUACAGACGCCAAUCCUAUUGUCGAAAUGUUGAAUAGGGAAUUUCAUUUGGUGUUGUUAGCGAUGUACAAAUGUUGUUGAGUUUCCGUUGUCUUUAUUGUGUUGUUAAUUUGUGUUUAAAUCAGUAGAAACAGUUGAGAACUGAGGUUAUGUCUGCGUAGGUUCAAUUCGAUUUUUUCAAUUGUUUUCUAGCUCACAAUUUUUCCUAAAAAAUUAAAGAAAAUGAAUAAGUCAGCAGGCAACCACUCUGAAGAAAAGUGUUCUGAAAUUUAUUGUUCAAAUCAAGUACAGGUUCUCACAAGUAAAAUAUGCUGGCAGCUGAAAUACACAUUUGAUACAAAAAAAAACACACACACACAGAACAAUCAAACAAUUUUAUCAGCUGUGCAAAAUUCAAGAGCUUAAUUUUUCGCAACUAAGAAAAUGCGUUUUCUCACACUGACAUUCACCAGAAUGCCAGAAAAAAAACAAAAACAGGAAUUACAAUAUUUUGAAAACCAUCAGUAGUUCACUUUCCGCACACAGGAAAAUCUCUAAAAUAUACUCAUUUGGACAAAACAGAAAAGUUUUUAUAUUUAGUAAACACUGAUACACGAAAAGUCAAUAACCAAGCCCGCGCACAAACACGAUUGCGCGUAAAAAUAUAUAGCAGAGCAAAAACAUGAUACCUAAUGGGAAAAAUAAAAUUCGAAGAGGUAAACGAUACUCUAAUAUAGAAACAACACAAACGCAGAGCUCAAGAAAACCCUGCUGUCGAAUUGUAUACAACAAGUGGAGAACGAACAAAAAAGACAAAGAAGUUGUGUUUCCUGGGAGAACAUUAUAACUGACAAAUAUUCGAAACAUACUUGAAUGAGAAUAACGUGGUGAAUAAUUAUGACAACAACAAGAACAACAACGGCAAGCUGAUCUCAUGGGGUAAGUUGAGAACAAACGGAAAAUGUGACGAGAGAAAAACAAACAGAUAGCGUAUUGUAAUAAUUUUAUUUUAUUAAUUUCUGUUUUUGGAUGAGAAAACAAUUAUAAUAAAAAUGAAGUUAAUAUAAA